CUCUCCUCUUCUCCGAAACACAAAAUGGAGCUCUACCUCAUCAUGUAUCUCUCUCCUUCCUUUUCGUUUCCCACAACGUGGGGUUCCAUCUUUUCUCUACCGUAAGAGAAAAAUGGCGCUCCGAUCGCGAGAGCUCCAACGCCUCCAUCACCUCCUCUUCCCACAAGCGAUUGCUUCGAUCCCCUGCCUCCAUGUCCGCGGCGAGGGUAAGAAGCCUCUGAGCUCCGCCACCAGCGGCGGCGGCGGCGGCGGCGGCGGCGGCGGCGGCGAGGAGGAGGAUGAGGAGUUCGCGAGGAGGAGCGCCUACGAGGUGCUCGGCGUGGCGGAGACGAGCUCCGCCGCCGAGAUCAAGGUCUCGUUUCGGAGACUAGCGAAGGAGACGCACCCCGACGUCGCCGCCGCGGCUUCCUCCUCCUCGGAUCGCGCCGCCGCAUCGCGACGAUUCCUCCGAAUCCUCGCCGCUUAUGAGAUUUUAUCAGAUUCUCAGCGAAGAGCCCACUAUGAUAGCUAUCUGUUUUCUAAGAGAAGGAUGGUGCAAAAGCAUCCUGGACCCAGUUCAGUUAUUUAUACGAGCUAUUCAUCCAUCGCUAUUGCUAGAGAAAGUAAUGUUGUCGAGUGGCUAAAGUGGUAUAGAUUUACAAUUGAUGAUAUUAUAAUGCAGAAGAAAGUCGCCACGGGCUCGAGCUAUUUUGAUAAGCUUGAAAACGAGCUUUACUCGGCAAUACGUGCUGCCUAUUAUGGCCCUCAUAUCGAAUCCAUGGAUCAUCUUCCUGAUUGUUUUGAAGCUGAGGAGAGGUCUGUAUACGACACUUCUGAACUCUUACACUUGGUUUCAGGGCGUGAUUUAUUUGGUAUUGUUUAUGUAGCGGAUAACAUUCCUGAGCUGUCGCAUAGUUUUCAUGAGAAGCUAACGCAUUCUCACAAUGGAAUUUCUGAUUUUCUCGGGCAAACUAGGAUGGAUUUAGGGAGUAUAGAUAUUCACGAGAAAGUUGGUGAAAGAAAUGAUAAUCUCCAUUCAGAUAUUUACAAAGAUCUUGAGCUGCAUAUCUGUGGAAGAGUGGUGGCUGUUGCAACUAGGAGUCCUAAAUGCAAAUGCAUUGAUGUCCCGAAUAUGGAUUCUGAGGACCACAUACAUGUUUAUCUUAUUUCAAAUGAAUCUGGUUUAUCCUGUUCAGCUCAAUCGCGUCUUCUUCUGGGUACUAUAACUGGACUGGGAACUAGUGGAGAGGAAGGCUCCUGCUCGGUUUACAAUGCGAGUGGUGCAAAAACUCAUGUGAUUAUAAAACACAGAACACUGCUGGUGAAACACAUGCACUGGUAUCAAGUUGGACGUGAAGUUUCUGCUUGUGAAUGUCGAUCUAGUAGAGCUCGCUUGUUGCCUAGCAGAUAUUGGCUGUUUGAACCUCGCUGUUAUAUGCAUGACAUUGGUGGUUGGUAUGUUGAGACAUUUGGUCGUGACAAGAAAGGAAGGACCAUCCCAUCACCAAGACAGUGGGAUGAGUUUGUUGAAUGCACUGAAAGAAGACUACAUCCUGCAAUGUAUUUACUGGCUCUUGCAUAUAGAUCCUUAGAUCUCGAGAAUGCAAAACGAAGGAAGUGGAGCAUAACAAGCUUCUUGGAACCACAGCUCUAUCAUAUCCUUCAUUGGUUUAGGAAAUUAUUCUAAUGGUGUGAAUUUGAAGAUGAUGGGAGGCAUUAAGAGAGAUGGAGAGCACAAGCUAUUAUAUUGACAGUUUGACUGUGUUGAACUGUUAAGAAGAAAAGCAGUUCCUCAAUUAUCAUAAAUUCGUUUUUAAGUACAGUGAUUAAUUGCAGUGCCUCUCUCUCUAUAUUGUUCUCUCCAUGUAAAAGAAAGCUUAGAGGUUAAUGCCUGGAUUAUUGAAGCUUGAUCUCCAGAAAGGAAAUUUGCCCAGUGAACUGUACUUUUACUUGCAUCCUGGGUACGGUCAUUGUCUCACUGAUAUAGACUGAUAUCUGACCAUUCCCAUGGUAGCAUGGCAAACAAGAGAAGAUGUGAGACAACAUUUAUGGUGAUUAGGCAAAUAUGCGAGUUUUGGAACUCGGGAAUUGAGGAAUUGCAAAGCCACUGAAGGUAUUAGAUCCCACGAAGUAAAUACGUGUUGUGAAACAAGUGAAAUCACUAACUUUUUAAUUCUGCGAGCCCACGUUUGCCCAAUAUAUGAUGAGAAAAGGAUACGUGGAGGAAGAGCCGAGAGAGGGAGAUGGGAAGAGAGCCAGAGGGCAGAGGACCAAAGUGUCCCAUGAAAGGAACGUGGAGAAAGAACAAAACCCCGAAGGUUUUGAUCUCAAUCCUGCCCUUCUUCUAAAUUUUUCUGGCCAUUUUAUUUUAUUUUUUAAUAUAUUGGAGUUUCUUUUUCUUUGACCUUUGUUUAACUAAUUAAUCAGUUACGAGUGCCAGUUCUAUACCAAACUGAAGACCAUGAUUAUCCAGGUACUUUUUGGACCUCAUCUAGCUGUUUCUUCUUGUUUCAAUUUGAGAUGGAUUCGAGUCGAAAUAACUAUUUCCUUUUUUUGUUUUGUGAGAUAAGGAUAAUUUACCGGAUGUCUUGGUAUAGAACUGUUGUUUAUCUGCGGAUUUGUAAACUUUGAAAGGAUGAUUGUUGAUUUCUUUGUGGGCUCUUGGAAGAGUUCGGUCUUGGUGGAAAUUUGGAAAUUACAGGAGUGAAAGGAUUUCUGUCUCUAACCCUGCAUACUAGGAAUCAGAGAGCAGUGCCUUGAUGUCAUUCACGGCCCUGCCCGGCCCAUGACCUAGUUUCCAUUUAGCAGGUUAGCUUCACCCGUGCUUGCCGUUUGCAGGUAUGUUCUUCGUUGGUCGCAAUUGUUUAAUCCGCAGCAUCUAGUAAGGAUGCCUCGAGUUGUAUUUAUUUGUUUCAUGAUACUGCAGUUUUAACAGCCUUUGUCUAGUUUUUAAGCAUUCUUGUGAGAUUA